AUGGCUCCUCUAAUGGAUAUCGAAUCCGACACGACUUUCUCCAGCGGACUUGUGGACAUAAAGCAAGCUGUGGCCGCUAUCAAUGAAGUGCAAGUAGCCAACGGCUUUUCCGACCAGGUUGACGGGCACGCAAACGGAAAUCCUGAACCCAUCCCCCCGCUCUCCACCAAGAUGAUGGAAACUCCGUACGUUGUGAGGGAGGUGCCCAUGGGCACGAGAAAGCCCAUCCGCGUCGUGUGCCUUGGGGCAGGCUACUCGGGCGUAAUGAUGAGUAUUGUCUAUGCGCAGCGGAUGACACAGAUGGACGUGGAAUUCUGCAUGUAUGAGAAGAAUGCCGAUAUAGGCGGGACAUGGUUGGAGAACAGGUACCCGGGCUGCCAAUGCGACAUUCCCGCACAUAACUACUCCUAUUCUUUCGAACCCAACCCCAACUGGCCAGGCUACUACGCCACCUCACGGCAGAUUCACGACUACAUGAAGCAUGUCAUCGAGAAGUACGACGUCGCUAAAUACAUCCACACCGCGCAUGAGAUCCUCAGCGCUGUCUGGAACUCGCAUCAAGGCCGCUGGGAUCUCAGGGUGAGAAAACCCAGUGGAGAGGAAUUCGACGAUCACUGCGAGAUAUUCAUCAACGCUGGGGGUCUGCUCAACAAUUGGAAGUGGCCGAACAUCCCCGGGAUUGGCGACUUUGAAGGGAAACUGAUGCACUCGGCUGGCUGGGACGAGUCGUACGAUCUUACAGGCAAGCGCGUUGCAGUCAUUGGCAUCGGAUCAUCGGGGAUACAAAUUGUGCCUCAGAUCGUAAAAGUUGUGGACAAGAUGACCCUCUUCAUCCGCUCCAAGACAUGGAUCUCGCCCGGCCCGGGCAUCAACGAGCCUGUCGCCGACGACCCUAAAAUGGACGAACACUAUCACUACACGGCCGAUGAGAUCGAACGCUUCAACCACGACCCGGCAUAUCUCCAACAGCACCGACGCAACCUGGCGGACCGACGAGCCCAAAUCUUCGACCGCGCCAUCAAGACCAGCGACCUGCAAGCCAAAGCGCAAGUGGUGUUCGCGGCCGCGAUGAAGGCGCGGCUCGGCGAGACCGAGAAAGGGCGCCGCAUCGCUGAGAUGCUGAUCCCGGAUUUCCCCAUCGGCUGCCGGCGACAGACCCCCGGGAUUGGCUUCCUCGAGAGUCUCGUGCGGCCCAACGUCGAUGUCAUCCAGGACGGUAUUGUCAGGGUCACCAAGCAGGGCAUCUUGUGCAGGGACGGCGAGGAGAGGAAAUUCGACGCCAUCAUCUGCGCCACGGGGUUUGACACGUCCUUCAAACCUCGCAUCCCGAUCGUCGGCCAGGACGGGAUCGAUCUGCGGCAGAAGUGGGAGCAGGAGGAGCCCGAGGCGUACUUUGGCAUUGCGGUGCCUGGGUUCCCGAACUAUUUCUCCUUCCUCGGCCCCAACAGCCCCAUCUCCAACGGCACGCUCGUCGGCGGCCUGCAAACCACCGCGGCGUACAUCUACAAGGCCAUCAACAAGCUCCAGACACAGGGCAUCAAAUCCCUGACGAUCAAGCCGGACGUCGUGCGCGAGUUCAACGUCCACUCACAGACCUGGCUGCAGCGCAGCGUCUGGACCGCCCCCUGCGCCAGCUGGUACAAGCGCGGGACGCGCGACGGGCGCGUCGUCGCCAUCUACGCGGGGACAAGCUACCACUUUAUGGAGGCGCUGCGGGACCCGCGCUGGGAGGACUACGAGUACGAAUACGAUUGCGAUGCCGGUGGGCAGGGAGGGCGGAACAGGUUCGCGUAUCUCGGCAAUGGGCAUACCGUGGGCGAGGAGCGCGGGGAGAACAUGGCUAGGAUCCAGACGUUGGAUUUUGACGAGUUUUGGGACAUGGUGGCGUAG